AUGAGUUCACUAAAUACAAAAGAAAUAAAAGAAAUUGAAUUAAUCAAUUUACUAUAUAAAAACUUCCCCACAUUACGACUCAAUCAAGAACUAAUAAUCAAUUGGCAAGUUGAAUUACUGGAUAAAACUAGUGAAUUUUCAUCCUUAUCUUCAAUUGUAUCUGAUAAUAUUGUUCUUGAUAUAGAUGCAAUUGAUUUGGAAAACGAACCCAAUAUCAUUGAAAUAUUGUCAUAUCUAGAACAGGAUUUGACUGUUAAUAAUAAUAAAGAUGAUGAAGAAGAGGAAGAAGAAGAUAAUGAUGAAUUCAAGGUUAUAAUAUUAGAGAUUCUUAUUUUUAUUAUUUCUUCGUCGGUUAGAUUGAGAAUAUUACUGCAUAAUACUUUAGAAUAUUUGAUUGAUUCAUUUUUGAAGAAAUUGAGUUUUGGUGGUGGUGUUACUUUGGAGAAUAUCAGACAACCUAGUAUUAUUAGCCAGUACAUGAGAUUAAUAAUUCUAUAUAUGGAAUUUGGGUGUGAUACCAGACAUUUCAAAAAAUUAAUCAAUCCAUUGAUCCAAAAAAAUAACCCUCUUGCAAAUCUCAUUUUAUCGGAAAUGUUGUUACAAAUAUUUACCAAAUAUCAAGCUCAAUUUCCUGUUGUUUCAAUAACAAAACGUAUAAAUUUCCCAUUUAGUAAUGAUAAUUUGAAGAAAAAUUUUACAAUCCAUUCAUGGUUCAAAGUGAAUCGACAAUUACACAAUUUUAGUGAAGAUCCCAUGACAUUAUUUACUAUUUCUAGUUCUGGUCCUGUUAAUGGGAAUGGAAACGAGCAUAAUGGAGCUACAUUAAAAAUCAAAUUAAUCAACUACACCCAAUUUAUGGUUGAAAUAAAAAAUAAUGUUAAUGGUUCAAAAAUUCGAUAUACAUUUAAUCAUAUCUUACAAGAAACAGAAAAAAAUCAAGGAUUCAUUCACUUUGUGCUAACUUAUGACAAUUAUACAAAUUUGAAUUUAUUUAUUGAUGGAGAAUAUAAUGAAUCUAUUCCAUGUCCUGAUCUUCAUAAAUAUUUGAGCAAUUGGAAUAAAAUAUCUAUUGGAGAAAAAUCCGAUGACAUAGCUUUAAGAAAUAAUGAAAUCAUACUUCGAAAUUUGACUAUUUUGAAUAAUAAUUUGUCGUAUGAAUGGAUCAAUUUGUUAUAUAAUUUGGGGUUGGGGUUUGAUUGGGAGGUAAAAGAUUUUGCUAAUGAUACCACACUACAUUUACUUACCCAACUAAAUCAUCAAGGAUUAUUUAACGUGGCCCUAAAAUUUAAUGAAAUUAAAGAACAGAAGAAGAAUAUUGGCGUUAACAAUAACAAUAACAAUGGCAAUAACAUGUUGUUUGGUUCCUCAACGGUUACUACGAAUAACAGAAAUGCUCUCGCAACUUUUGGAGGCACCAGGGUUAAAGAAAGAAGUUUCCAGAACAUUCAUUUUAACAUGACUCACAAGCUUGUGAAUAAAGAGAAAAUUGCCAACUCAUUGGCUAAAAUCAAAGGUGACAAUGUUACUUUUGAUUCUAACGAUUUUUUCCAAAAUCUUUUGUAUCAAGGAAAGAAAAAUGUAAAGCAAAAUGUGACAAGUUCAGUUAUUUUCAGCAAUCAGAGAUCUAUUUAUCAAGCAUUUAAUGUUAUUGGUGGAUCAUCCGUUGUAUUACGAAUUCUAGAAACAUCACUCGAAAUCACAAAUCCUAAACUUCGUGAUUCCAUAGUAUAUACCGUGUUAUCGCUAUUGCUAACAUUAUUGUCUAAUAAUUGGCGAUUAGAAAAAGAAUUUGAAAGUUUCAACGGAUACGGUAUAUUGUCAGUUCUUUUAACCAAAUACAAAGAUUUCAGCAACCAAUUGAAAUUUGAUAAAGUGUUGGAUGAUCAUGAACCAGAAACCAAUUUGCUUAAUGUUUUGCUUGAAUUUUCCGGUCAUGAUUUUGAGUAUCCUUAUGAAUCCGCAGUUGUGAAUCCAAUUAGCUAUCGUAUACUAGUACUUAAUUUUGACUUACAUUAUGGAACAGAAUCGUUUGACUACUUAUUAUUCCAGAUACAUUUGUUAUUAUACACAUCAAGACAUAAAGAGUAUAAUUACAAUGAGUUACGGAAAAUGAAAAUACUCCGCAAACUUGUUCAAUUUCUCAAGGAACUGAAAAUUGAUGACUAUAAUAUGUCACAAACGUUUAAAGAACAGUUGGCUCAAACAUUAACAGGAAUACUUCAUCUUGAUUCGUCGGUUGAGACCAUUGUUUUAUUAUCAUCGUAUAUUAUUUUUGCCUUAUAUAAUAACGAUAGCUCAACUAUGUGCGGUACAAUAACUUUACAAGUGCUAACUGAUUAUUUAUGUGAUUCGACAACUUCUAUAAAGACUUUAAAGAAAUUUUCAAGGUCGAUAACUGUUCAUUGGAUUCUACUUUUAUUUAGAUUUCAAGAAUCCGAAGUAGUUGUCAACUGUGGAAUUAGGCUUUUAACUAAAUUGCUCAAAGUGUUAGGUAUUCAUAUAAUAAGAAAAUUCUUCCAAUUAAAUCAUGGAUUGGAUGUAUUGACUCUGUUUUUGAAAGAUUGGUGGGAUAACGAGACAGUUUUAUGCUCGAUGUUUUUAGCAUCUUUUGGAAUUGAUACCCAAGAUACCAAUAAUUCUGAGCUUUCUCAAAAUAACGAUUUGACAGAAGUAUUAAAUUCAAACAUAAACAAUUUACAGCAAUUGAUUGUUCCCGAAUUUUUAUUGUUAUUAAAUAAUUUGGUUUUGAAUUCUAUGUACACGUUGAGUCUCAAAUCGGGGAAAUUACUUCACAGUAAUCCUUCAACUCCAAUCAAAAGUAAUAACCAAGAAAAUGUAACGUUGGCUUUAGAUGUUCUUCAUUUGAUCAACCAAUAUAUCACUUCAAUAAAAAUUGGAUUUGAGAAAUCCAAAUUGUUACAAAAAUUUUAUCUCAGUAAAGAUUUUCUUGAAGGAAUUGUUGAGUUAUUGGGAUAUUUAAAAUUAUCAUUACUGUGGAGUAAUGUUGAUAUUCAAAGAAAUAUGCAAACAACUUAUGAGAAACUUGCAAAAUUGAUUGCAGGCUUUUAUAUUUCCAAUUUAUCAAAUGAAACUUUUUUACACAGUUUUGAUAAAUUGAGUGAUUUCACUAAAAUAGUCUUGUUAGAUCUUGUGUUUCCUGAAGUAUUGGGACAUAUCAAUCAAUUUAUUAGUGUCACAAAUUUUGUUUUCAACGAAAAACAGUUUUUCGAUAACACCAUUCAAUUAUUACAUCAUUACAAUGAAGAAUUGCUAAAUCAAAACUAUUUUGUGUCGUAUUCUAAUUUUGAUAUGUUCUUAUUGUGCUCAAUUGCAGUCAGUGAACUUGGUGUUGGUCACAAUUUGCAAUAUGUAAAGAAAAUGAUUGGUGAUAAUAUUAUUGUCAAGUUUCUUAGGUUAGCAUGUGAUUGGGAUAUUCUGUUUACACAAUCUAAAGAUAGCUUGGAUUCACUAUUAAAAACAUUGUUGUAUAGACAAACUACUAUUUUGCAAACUGAUGUGAUAACUAGCAACAGAUUAGUUCAUGUCAUUACAUUGUUGCUAGGAAUGGUGCUUACAACUGGCCCUGAAAGCACAACUGCUAACGUUGAACUACCCUUUAAUUUUUUGAGAACAUGCUAUUUGAUGAGACAAGAUGAAUUUCCCCUCAUAUUAGAGAAGAUGAAUUGUGAUAAAAGCUUGAUGGAAGAAUUUUUCAAUAAUUUGGUAACCAAAAAUGACAAUGAAACUUUAUUGAGACUACAAAAGUUCCCACCAUUUGUGAAAAGUAUACUCAAAGAGUUUCAAAUGUUGAAAGAACAACAUAACAAAACAGAUUAUUUGAAAGUAUCUAAUAUGAUUAGUGUGACACUUCAUAAUGGUGGUAAAUUGGGACAAAUGAAUAGUAUAUAUAUCAAGAGUUUUGAAAAAGAUUGUGAACUGAUCAAAAGUCAAACAAUGAAUGCCGAGUUAGCUAAAUUCAAUAGGUUGGUACAAGAUAAAGAAGAGAGUAUUAAACAUUUAAUUUCCACAUAUCAUGGAUUGAAAACAGAAAUUUCAAGAUUAUUUGAAGAUCAUAGCACUAAAAGUUAUGUGUUGGACUAUAUUGAAAAUACAAAUAGAAUGAGAAAAAGACUUGUUGUUGAAGAUCAGCUACCAGAAUCCGAACGACUCACGUAUAAUAUUGAUGUUCCAUUGAAGAAAAUUGAUUCAUUCACUAAUGCAAGUGCUAUUCACCAAUAUGACGCUGCUAUUACUGCCACUGGAAUUGAUACAUUGAGCUUAUCGUCUAAUGAAGAAGCGUCUCAAUUUGGUGAAGAUAGUUUUGAGUUUAUUGAAAGUAGUGAAACUGAAGAAGAAACAGAAAUCAAUCAUGUUUAUGAAGAUAAGAACCGGAAAGUGAGCCGAAGUUUAUAUGUUGGUGAUCAAAUUGUCACUCUUUGGAAUAUUAGUCAGAUCAAUGGCUUAGUUCCAAUUGAAAGUUUAAUGAUACUAGGAUUAAGUCAUUUAUAUUUGAUUGAAAACUAUUUCCACAGUAAAGAUGGUAAUGUUAUUGAUGUGGAAGAUGCACCACCUGAAUUGAGAGAUCCUAUUCUUCAAUUGGUCAACUCUCAAUCAAGCAAUAUAUUGAAAAAUGAUGGGAAAUUACACAGGAGUAAAAAUUGGAGCUUGGAUAAGUUGAGCUGCAUCUCUAAAAGACAUUUUUUGUUAAGGGAUAUUGCCUUGGAGAUGUUUUUCAGUGAUGGUGCAAGUAUUUUGAUCACUUGUUUGACUACAAAGGACAGAGAUGCAAUCUAUAAUAAACUUUAUUCUUUUGCAUCAGGAAAGGGAGUUGAUUAUGAUUUAAUUCAAGCCUUACAAUCCUCAACCAAUGAUUCCUUAUAUUCUUUUGGAGCAUCGUCGAUAUCGUCUAAACUUGUGUCUGCAUUUUCCCAAACCAGUAUUUCUAACAUGAUGUUUCUUGAAGCAACCAAAAAAUGGAAGUUGGGUGAAAUGUCAAAUUUUUACUAUUUGAUGAUUGUCAAUACAUUGGCUGGUAGAACUUUUAAUGAUUUGACCCAGUAUCCUGUGUUCCCCUGGGUAAUUGCUGAUUAUACAAGUGAGACACUUGAUUUAUCUGAUCCUAGAACAUUCAGAGACUUGUCAAAACCAAUGGGGGCACAAACACCAGCACGAGCAAAUGAAUUCCGAGAGAGAUUUGAAGCAUUAGACAGUUUAAAUGAUCAUGACGCACCGGCAUUCCAUUACGGUACCCAUUAUUCUUCGGCAAUGAUUGUGACAUCGUUCUUGAUUCGUCUAAAACCUUAUGUUCAGUCAUAUCUAUUGUUACAAGGAGGCAAAUUUGAUCAUGCAGAUCGGUUGUUUAAUUCAAUUGAACGAGCUUGGUUAUCUGCGUCAAGAGACAACACUACUGAUGUUAGAGAAUUAACCCCCGAAUUUUACUACUUGCCGGAAUUUUUGGUCAAUGAAAAUAAUUUUGAAUUUGGUAAAUUACAGAAUGGUGAGUCGUCACAUGACGUAGAAUUGCCUCCAUGGGCAAAAGGUGAUCCCAAAAUAUUUAUUGCCAAAAAUAGGGAGGCAUUAGAAAGUUCAUAUGUAUCGGCGAACUUGCAUUUGUGGAUUGAUUUGAUUUUUGGUUAUAAACAGAGUGGAGAAGAAGCUGUUAAAGCUCUAAAUGUUUUCCAUCAUCUUUCGUAUAGUGGAGCAAUCAAUUUGGAUAAUAUAAAUGAUGAGGUAGAAAAACGUGCAGUGAUUGGAAUGAUUAAUAAUUUUGGUCAAACACCUUGCAAGUUAUUUAAUCGUCCACAUCCAUUACGAGAUGUUCUUAAUUUACCAAAUUAUUAUUUAACCCAGUUUGAUGGCAAUGCAUCACGGUUGAAGCUUGUAUUUGAAUCCAAAUUGAAAGCUCCUAUAUCCAAAUUGGAAAUAAGUUCCAAAAAUGCCAACAGAUGGGUUGGAAGACAGAAUUGCAUUUCAUGUGAAGAUGAUUUGUUGAUUAGAAAAGCCAAGAAAUUAAAACAUGAAUGUGGCUCAUUGUUAGUUAAUGAUACUUUGUUCCUAAGUGUGCAUUCAUCUGAUAUUACAACAGUAUUACAGUUGGGACAUAAAUUAUUUGUCACUGGUGCCGAAGAUGGUAGCAUAUAUGUAUGGAAAUGUAAUUUGAGACCAACAACAACCCUUCAAUACGAGGCACUUCUUAGGGGCCAUUUGACAAGUAUUUUGAAAAUUGUCUACACCAAAAGUUUUAAAUUUGGUGCAAGUAUUGAUAAGGAUGGGAUUGUUAUAAUAUGGGAUUUCAUACGAUUCAAAUAUGUUAGAAAAUUGUUCCCACCAGUUUUAACUGAGGAGAACACUACAGUUAGUCCAUUAUUAGCUGUGUCGAAUGAAAGUGGAAAUUUUGCUACUGUUCAUUUUAACAAACAUCUAAAUGGACAACUCCAGUUGUUUACCAUCAAUGGUGAGUUAAUUAUAUCGUUUGAGUUUCCUGCCGUUGAUGGACAAACAAUUGAAGCAAUAACUUUUGCAACCACAAAUUCAAUUAUGGUUGACAACACAAGAACUAAUAAUGUUAAUAAACAUAUUUAUUGGUCAAAAGAAAUUCUUGCCGUUGCUCGAAAGAAAUCGAUUGAACUUUGGGAAUUGAUUCCAGAGAAUGGUUGGGAAUUGAAACAACUUGAUAAAGUUGAUUUACAGGAUAGAAUAUCGGGGGAUAUUACCGUUAUUGAGCUUUUUAAAUGUUCAGAAGUUGAUACAGAAGAUAAAUUAAUCAGAGGAAAUUUGAAAUUAGUGAUUGGUGAUUCAACAGGAAAAGUAUAUACUUUAUAA